CUUGUAGAGAGCACGCAACACUCCGUUCUCCCCAACCCCAGGAGCUUUUUCUCACCCUGACGGAAUUACCUUCCCAGCCCUCCCAAGCAACUAUCCCAGACAAUGAAGCCAUGGAAGGGACCUCUGCUGCAAAUUUUUCAAGCCUCCCUACUCCAUCCCGAAGGCUAUCUCAGAUAAGGCGGCGGAAAAAAAAGACGCAAGAAGAAAUGUUUUCGGAAAUCAUGGAAGUGACCCACAAUGAAAGAGCUCAUCUGAAUGAGUGGAAGGACACGGUAGCAAAGUACAGGAAAGAUGCCAGUGACCAUGAGGACAGGAGGGACCAACGUGAGGACAGGAGGGACGAACGAGAGGAGAGGAGAGACGCUCAAGAUGAGAAAAUAGAUGCUCAAGAUGAGAGGUGGCGGCAGAAAGAUCAGCGGUGGCAGGAUGCAACUCUGAGGCUUCUGCGUGAUCAAACUGACGUGCUCCGGCGUAUGGUGGAGCUUCAGGAAUGGCAGCAGGAUCACAGAGUGCCGCUGCAGCCCCUGUAUAACCACCUUCCCCCCUCACUAUGUUCCUUAGCCUCCUCACCUGCCAGACGAGUAAGAACUCGUGGGGGGAGGCUCCGUGCACCCGCCCACUCCACCCCAGUGGACAGCCCAACGAAAAGGCUCUCAUUAUUAUGAAAUUUUUUUAGUGGCCUUUUCCUUCCCUACUAUCCUCCUCCCAAA